AUGGGUUCACCGGGCAAACCCCCGAUCUUCGAUGGAUCCGAUUACGACUAUUGGAAGGUGCGCAUGCGUGCCUAUCUUUUGAGUCUAGGUUCCGAGGUCUGGGAGAUUUGCGUGGACCCUGAUUAUGUGAACCUUGCGGUUCGCACGACCGAGCUUCAGACCUGCUUCAACUGCGGCAAGACCGGCCACUUCGCCGCUGAGUGCCCCAGGAAGAAGAGUUCCAGGGAUGAUGACGGCCGCUCCAAGCACGAGGAGUACCGCGAGCACCGCCACAAGCACAAGAGUAGGCACUCCCACAAGAAGAAUGGCGGACGUUCCAAGCGGCACCACGAGCGGAAGAAGAAGAACGUCGGCAAGUACAAGGACAAGCAGGCGUUCGUCGCCCAGAGCGAGGAUCACUCCUCCACCAGCCAGAGUUCGACGUCUUCGUCCUCAUCCAGCUCCAGUGACUCCGACUCACACCACCGCGGUGAAAAGAAGCGGAGCUCCAAGAUGAAGGCCACAGAGGGCUUCACUGGCCUUUGCCUCCAUGCUGGGAAGGCGGCCGGUCUCUGCACCAUGGCCAUCGACUCCGACGCCGACGGAACUCCUUCCACUACUGCAAAGCUUGCACCUCAGCUAGAGUCAAGCUCUGAGGUACGUCCUGAGCACCCCACUCCUGAGGAGUUGGAGGAUCUUUACACUGCUUUAGAUAAUCAGGAUUUGAUCAUUAAGGAUGCUAAGAGGCAGUUUAGGGCGUUGAGACAGGAGCUGAAGGAAGCUAAGUUAGCUUUAGAGAUUGCUCAGUCUGCCCCCGUAGUGGAGGAUUGUGUUGAGGAGGAUGAGUGCAGUCAGUGCAUCGGUUUGAUGUCUGACCUGUCCGAGCUCAGGAGCAAGUAUGAUGAGAACUUGCUCAAGCUCGAGGAGGGCAAGAAGGCCAUGGAUGAGCUCAAAUCCCGGCCUACCCUCUUGGGUGCUUGCAAGGAGUGCCCAGCACUUAGAGAAGAGCUUAAGGAGAAGAAUGUUGCUUUGAGGAAGUUGGAGAAAUCCGCAGUUCCUAGCUCUUGCUCUGCUGAUUAUGACUUCACCUUGAGAGAAGUUGCUCUUGUUGAUAAGCUGGGUUUUAAUCUGCUCUCUGUUUCACAACUUCUUGAUGAUGGGUUUGAACAACUCUCACUGUCUGGUGACUGGUCAGUCUUCUGA